AAAUAUCUAAAAAUUGUUUCCUAUCGAUCCUGCUUGCUUCUAACAGAGUAAUCCAAGAUGCCACAAGCUCGGCGCAAGACACCCUUCAGUGGGAAAGCGAAGAAGCAGCAGCUGCAGGCCAAGAAACAGAACAAGACAAUGCUGAUGUCUAAUGCAGCUAGUUCAGCAACCUACGACAUGAUAGCGGUAAAUUAUCAGCCGGGCAAGAGCCGCGGGGGGCGCGGGGAGAGUAAUCGAUACGCGCUCAAGUUUUAUAGGGAGACUGAAGCGGAGCUCAAGAUGAAGAAAGAAGAAGCGCUUAAAUCACUAAACCCAGUUCCCGAGAAAGCAAUGGAAGUGAACCCGUUGGAAUAUUUUCCCGCUGACAUAUCGUUCCCUCAACGCCCACCGUGGGACUACGCGAUGUCGCCAGCGCAACUUGACGCGCAGGAACAGAGAUACUUUAAGGAAUACAUCGACAAACUACAAAAGUCUGAACACUGGAAGGACAUAUCCUACUUCGAACUCAACCUGGAGACCUGGAGGCAGCUGUGGAGAGUGCUCGAGAUGUGUGACAUACUACUGUUGAUAGUGGAUGUCCGAUAUGCUGGGAUGAUGUUUCCUCCCUCGCUCUACAAGUACAUAGUGACAGAGCAAAAGAAGGACAUGAUAAUCGUCCUAAAUAAAAUUGACUUGGUCCCAGCUUCUGUAGUGGCGGCUUGGAAGGAAUAUUUCACGUUAAACUGGCCGGGCAUACGAGUGGUGUACUUUACUUCUUGCCCUGGAUAUAAUUUGGCUGGCAACACCAGCGACAAAGCAGGUCUCCAGGUGCGCCGGCGCAAGGGUCGCCAACGCAUGUGCGCGGAGGGAGCCACGAAGAUCCUAGAAGCCUGCAAAGAUAUCGUUCAAGGGCAUGUGGAUCUACAUUCGUGGGAGAAGAAAAUUAAAGAAGAAACAGAAGUGGAGUUUGAUUAUGACGAACAGACGGAAAUCGGUGAAACAAUCCUCGAAAAAUCCGACACGACAUUCUACAAGCACGAGAAAUACAAAAACGGUAUAGUCACCAUCGGUUGCGUGGGACAGCCGAACGUGGGAAAAUCGUCGCUAUUGAACGCAAUGAUGGGACGCAAAGUUGUUUCUGUAUCUAGAACGCCGGGGCAUACUAAGCAUUUUCAAACUAUAUUUCUGACGCCUCAGGUUCGCCUCUGCGACUGCCCAGGUCUGGUCUUCCCGUCUAAAGUUCCUCGUUCCAUACAGAUUCUCAUGGGAUCUUAUCCUAUAGCGCAGUUGAGGGAACCAUAUACUACUAUUAGGUAA